UCAUCCUCUCUGAAAACUUUUCAAUACAAUAUUUCACUGCCAACAGAACCCACUGUAGCAUCUUCUUCUUAUGACUGUACCUACUACUAAAUCUCUGCAAAACAAACCAAAGGUCUUAUUCCUUGGUCAGCUCGACGAGUCCUUGCCAGAGUACCAACAAUUUGAAAAUGAUUUCGAGUGUAUCCCCUACGAAUUAACUACAAAGGAACAGCUUCUUGAGGACUUCAAAUCAAAAUUCAAUGACAUACAAGCCAUCUAUGGAGGUUGGGAAGGUUUCAUGUCAUUUGGUGGUUAUAGAAACGAAAUUGUUGAUCUCUCUCCUCCAAAUCUAAAAAUCGUAACAAGUUGUGCUGUUGGCUUUGAUCAUUACGAUACCAUUCAAUUAAAAAAUAAAAAGAUCAUCUUCUCAAAUAGUCCCUCUGUCGGUGCUGAACAAGUUGCUGAUUUAGCUCUAUACCAGACUCUUUCCACUUUCAGAUUUAUUCCAAUGUUUGCUAACCAAACAGUCUCAACUAAAAACACUUUAGUCGCAAGAUCUAAAUUAAAUGGUAAUUUCAAUUAUCAAUCUGGUAACCAUGUCCCUAAAAAUCAUUACAAUUUUGCUUUUGGUGAAAUCGCUGGUGGUAAAGUAGUAUACACUCCAAUGAAUAAAAACGCUGCCAUCCUAGGCUUUGGAGGUAUUGGAAAGGCUCUAGCUAAAAGACUAAACGCAAUUGGUAUGAAUAUACAUUAUUUCAAAAGAAACCCUCUAUCAAAUGAUGAUCUAUCCGAUUUUAAUUUCCCUUUGACUUACCACAACUCUUUAACUUCAAUCCUACCAAUCGCUGAUGUAGUCAUCAUUUGCUUGCCUGGUUCGAGUGAAACCUUUAAUCUAAUCAAUGAAAAAACAAUAAAUCUUUUACCCAAAAGAGGCUCCAGAAUAGUCAAUGUCGGUAGAGGUUUUAUCGUCAAUACAAAAGAUCUAUUAAAUGGCUUGAAAUCAGGUAAAAUUAUAAGCUGUGCACUAGAUGUGUUUGAAAAUGAACCAACUAUUGACCAGGAGCUCGUAUCUAGAGAAGAUGUCUUUCUAACACCUCACAUUGGUUCUUCGACCAUCGAAACUUAUCAAAAAACUGCUAUCUUUUGUUUAAAUAAUAUUAGGGCAUGUUUUGAGAGAAAACCUAUUCUUUCUCAACAAAAUUAGCUCCCCAAUUCUUUCGUUUAUACAAUUAGAAAAAUCAUUAUUAAUUAAUUUUAUAUAAUACAAACAAUUAAAAUUAAAAUUGUAUGAAAGAACCUUUUAAUUCUUAUUUUUAUUUAUAAGGAACAUAACAGAUGCAGAAUUCGUAUUCGCAUUCUUGUAAUUCUUAUUAACUGUUAUUUGUUCGGAUGCAAAGUCUUUGUUUUCACUUAAAAAUGUUUUGUAAUUCUCAAUUAUAGACCUCGUC